AUGGAAGCAUUUCAACUUUGGCUUAGCGAAAUGAAUAGCACUGACUUGGCAGUUUUACACAAUGUCAGAGGUUUUCUGGAGCAUCGGAAAUUAGUAGUCAAGCGGUUCAACCAAAUAGAGAAAGAAAUUUUUGAAAAACUUGAACUACUGAACAUACAAAUGCUUGAUAACGCGCGAAAGGAAUUCAGUAUCGAUUCCACUGAAGUUAUUCAAACGCCAACCGGUCUUCGUACGUCUCAGAUUAUGCGAACUAAAAACAAUCUGUUCAAGACGCAAGGAAUCAACAAUGUGAAGAACACUGAAGACGUAAAUCAGUUGAUACCAAAGCCAAAUCGUCAUCAAAAAUGUCCAUGUAAAAGUCGAAAAAGGAGAACAAAAGUGGGAGGUAAGAGGAGGAGACAGAAUUCUAAUCGGUUCAGAGGUGGCAGGGGCCGAGGUGGUCAUUAUCGCGGCAGAUAUCCAAACAACCGGCGUAGAGGUUGUAGAUAUCCUCGUAAUGCAACAACCUAUGUGCCGUGUAGCUAUUUCGAUGUAUCUGACUCCUCAUCCACAUAUUCAGAAUCUGAACUUGUCAACGGAUUCACUCCUAGUGAAGUCGAAGAGUUGCUUCAACAGCAAGUUAAACCAUAUGACGAUGAUGCAGCUAGUGUUUUGGCUUUUCUAAGAGGUGGUUGUGAGCAUUACUUUUAUUAG